UAGGCUCAUAGAAUCUCCUUGCCUUUACUCUUUCUCCUGUUAAAUGUCUUCAGAUUUUAAACAGAAACAAAUGCAAAUAUCGGGGAAGAAUAUGAUGAGACUUCAUCAAGCCUUGGAUGUAUUCCUAAAUCUUUAAUGCUCUAGUGCCAGUGUAAAAGAGCCAAGGCUGUUGUAUAUAAUGAAGGUGGCCUCUUCCUUUCACAAUCACACCAAUCCACAGGAUGUGUGGUAUGUUCUGAUUGGAAUUCCAGGACUAGAAGAUCUACAUUCCUGGCUAGCUAUCCCCAUCUGUUCUAUGUACAUCGUGGCUGUCAUAGGCAAUGUUCUCUUAAUCUUCCUGAUAGUGACUGAACGCAGUCUGCAUGAGCCCAUGUAUUUUUUUCUCUCCAUGCUGGCAUUAGCAGACCUCCUGCUCUCCACAGCUACAGCCCCCAAGAUGCUGGCUAUCUUCUGGUUUCAUUCCAGGGGUAUAUCCUUUGGUAGUUGUGUGUCUCAAAUGUUCUUCAUCCAUUUCAUCUUUGUGGCAGAGUCUGCUAUUCUUCUGGCCAUGGCAUUUGACCGCUAUGUGGCCAUCUGUUACCCACUGAGAUACACCACCAUCCUUACUUCCUCAGUCAUUGGCAAGAUUGGCACAGCAGCUGUGGUCAGAAGCUUUCUCAUCUGUUUUCCAUUCAUCUUCCUGGUAUAUCGACUUCUGUAUUGUGGGAAACACAUAAUUCCCCAUUCAUACUGUGAGCACAUGGGCAUUGCCAGAUUGGCAUGUGACAAUAUCACUGUCAACAUCAUAUAUGGGCUGACAAUGGCCCUCCUGUCUACUGGGCUAGAUAUACUACUCAUCAUUAUUUCCUACACCAUGAUUCUUCGCACUGUUUUUCAAAUCCCUUCCUGGGCUGCCAGAUACAAGGCCCUCAACACAUGUGGCUCCCACAUCUGUGUUAUUCUUUUGUUCUACACUCCUGCAUUCUUCUCAUUUUUUGCCCAUCGCUUUGGAGGCAAAACAGUUCCUCGCCACAUCCACAUCCUAGUGGCCAACCUCUAUGUGGUGGUGCCCCCAAUGCUUAACCCCAUCAUCUAUGGUGUGAAGACCAAGCAGAUCCAAGAUCGAGUGGUUUUCCUUUUCUCCUCAGUGAGUACAUGCUAACAUGACAGCAGAUAUUAAAGAUAGCACAUUCCCAAAGAAAACUCUUUUAAAUGUCAUCCCUGUGAGAAAUAGAAAUAAAUGAGAUUUAUUUAGAGUGCU